GGAGAGAAGAUUCUGGAGGGAGGGUCGGGGGUGGAAAUAUAUAAAAAAAAAAAGAAAAGGGCCGUGUUGGUGGCUGCGUUUGUGGAAGAGUCCUCUUCGUUUUCCUCCGUCCAAUCUGGUCAAUCGUAUCGUUCCAAAGGAGAAAGGCAGGGUGGGAGAGAGAGAGAGCGCGAUGGGGGAGGCCGAUAACGAUCCGCAGAGGGUAAAGAAGAUGGCGGCUGCGGCGUACGACUACGAGAGCGAUCCCCGAUGGGCGGAGUACUGGUCCAACAUCCUUAUCCCUCCCCACAUGGCCUCCCGAUCCGACGUCGUCGAUCACUUCAAGCACAAGUUCUACCAGCGCUACAUCGAUCCUGAUUUCGUGGUUGAGGCAAUAUCGUCAACCAGUGCAUCCUCUCAGUCAGCUAGGCCAUCAGCGAGGUCAUCGUCGUCGUCGUCGUCAUCUUCAGCUACGGAAAAUGCAAGGCCUCGUAACUCAGGAUCUGGUGCUGCAACAUCUGCACCACCAGGGAGGAAUGCAAAUUCCUUGCAGCUGGAUCGACGGUCUAUAUAUUUUUCUGUCAAUGCUUGGGUGUUAGUUGUUGCAGUGCUUGGAAUCCUUCCAAUUGUGCCAAGGCAUCUUUCAAUCAAGGCCUACCGAUUGUCCUUGCUGGGCACCACAUGCUCCUCCUUUUAUUCUUUGUACACUCUUUAUGGGAAACCAAGGGCAUGGAAUCUGCCUGCCAUUCAAGCAUGGUUUCAAACUGUGAUAGCAACGAAAGAUUUCAUUCAUUUAAUCUACUGCCUCAUGUUUGUUGCAUCUCAUCUACACUUCAAGUUUGCCCUGAUACCUGUCUUUUGCUGGGCACUCGAACAUGUUGCCAAAUUCCUAAGGCGUAAUUUUGCACAUUCCUCUUUGUACAGGAAAUACUUGGAGGAACCUUGUUUGUGGGUGGAGGCGAAUGCUACUACACUUGGCAUUCUGAGUUCAAAUGCUGAGAUUUCGCUGGGUUUUCUUUUAAUCAUAUCACUGUUAUCGUUAGUGGAUUUCACCCAGUUUCAUGGUUUGCGUCCCUCUACUCUAUACAUGUCUUUGGCACCUUUUAAACUCUCAUUUUGGAUGCAGGUGGCAGCGCAACAUAAUUCAGACAUUCAUGUACUGGCAGCUACUGAAGCUCAUGUAUCAUGCUCCUGUAACUGCUGGUUAUCACCAGAGCGUGUGGGCCAAGAUUGGUCGGACCGUGAACCCUUACAUCUACCGGUAUGCCCCAUUCUUGAACUCCCCCAUAUCUGCCGUCCAGAGAUGGUGGUUCAGGUAGAAGAAAGGAAGACUCGAUGGGAAGGGAAUGAGAAAAAACUUGCAGAUCACUGUCUUUGCUAUCGUAUUUAAGUCUUCAUUAUCGGAAAAAAGAGCCCAGCUUUUGACAGAGCAUUUAACCUUUCAGAAAGUAUAACUUGCUAGUGUCUUUCCUCUCGACACGCUUGUUACUCUUUUUAUGUCUAUGCUUCAGUAAAUUAUGAAAAGUUUCUUGCAGAAAUUACCAUAAGAAAUCUCCAGCAAACCUGAGUUUUGGAUAAUUCACAAGUUGAAAUUGUGGGUGCGACACCCAUACUAGUUAUCAGCAA